AUGUAUGCAACUCGUACUACUGAUGAGAAAGUCGCUAUUGUACGACUUUUUUCAAAGUUUGGACGUGCAAUUGACGUACAAAGAGAGUGGCCCAAUUAUUUUGAUACAACUCCACCUCAUCUAACGACAAUUUCAUCAAUAAAUAGGAAGUUUGAUGAAGAUGGAACACUUGAAAGUUUACCACACAGUGGUCGCUCGUCAAGUGUGCUUUCUGAAGAAAAACUAGACGAGAUUGAAGAAAUGGUCACUGGUAAUCCACAACUGUCUAUUCGUCAAGGUGCCGCUCAAGCUGGUAUAAGUAAAAACAGUUACCAAGUAGGCAUGCAACGGUUACGGUUAUAA